CAAUGUUGGCUCUAAAUGAAGUAGAAAAUAGCCAUGUUUUUUUGUUGUUGUCUAGGACUCUCCCUGCACAUGUUAAUUUAACCGCCAUAAAACCAUGAGACCAAAUCAGAAAAGAGGAAGAACAGGGUGAAGCUUUUAAAGGUGGGAAAAUAAAUAAUGCCCAGAAAUGUACAUAAUUUCUUGUUCUAUUUAUCUAGACCUCGACUAAACUUAAAUUAAAUUCCAGACGUUUCCAAACUGAAUAGAAACUCUGACACAGUUAACUGGGUGUAGGACAGCCAGCCUACCUCAGUGAGAGUGGUUUAGCUCAGGAGGCAAAAACCUCAAAAGCCAAAUUAAAUAGUCAUAUGAGAGACUAUUGCUCUACCACUGACAGAUAGAGCAAGUUAUCUUUUUUAUUCAGCUUUAGUUGGUAAGCACAAUCUAAAUGAAGAAGAAAAUAUGGACACAUCUGACACUCCAUGGCAUUGGUAGGCAGAUUGUGGGAGGUGGCACAGAUUUGAGGUAAACUUUUAUCUAGUUUUUUAAGAGUUAUUGUUUGAUCAAUAUAGCAGUGUCUUCUUUUUGUUCUUCAGGAUGAUCCCAGUAAUCGUGUAAGGAGCGAGGAUAUAGAGAAAUUUUAUUUGAACGACAAAUCCUUUAUGGUUGUAGAUGCCGGCAGCUAUGUGAGCAAAAUAGAUUUUUCAGUGAUGUUACAGACGGACCUCACCACAGGGAAACAAAGAAGAAUCCAACGCAACUUUAAUCUUGAGAAUAGGUGUUCCUGUUUCUGUUCUCCACCUGUUUCCUGGGAACAUUUGGAUGCUACAGCUCCUUACCAGUUGAUUCCACUGGAUAAACGCACCCCAGAGUAUCAGGAUGUGGCUCAUUAUAUCACACAUAAUGGACUCCUGAAUAAGACCAUAGUAUCAAUAACAAGGAUACAAAACAUGGACCUCUGGGAAAUGUAUUGCAGAAAAACGAAACAACUAAUGAGGCUUCAGGGUACCAACAGCAUUCAAGAGAGAUGGCUUUUCCACGGCACUGACAGUGAAAAUAUUGCCAGCAUUUGCACAAAUAACUUUGAUUUAUGGUUGGCUGGACAACAUGGGAAACUUUAUGGCAAAGGGAUAUAUUUUACCACGUGUGCAUUCUAUGCAAACACAUACAGUAGCAUCAGGAGAGCUUCAACAAACGGUAAACUCACUAAAGUGAUCUUUCUUGCUCGGGUGAUGGUUGGGAAAUUGAAACUUGGAGAGUUUUAUUUCUCUAAACCAGAUCAUGGAAGCCUUUUCACGACAGCUGUGUGGAUGAUCUCGACGAUCCGAUGAUAUUCAUCACAUUUGAUCCAAAUCAGAUACUGUAUAUCCGGAAUAUCUUAUUGAGUAUGAACUUUAGUCUGUUGAGGAGAGUUUUUACAGGAAAAGCUCCACACAUUUCAUUAGAAGCCCAGAUUUAAUAAUAUACAGUGGAGACUGUUUGUUUUAUAACUACCGGUAAUUUAUUAGAUUUUUUUUUUUUGUAUUUUCUUUAGAAGUUUAUGAUUUUACAAAAUGUUACAAUCACAAAAUGAAGAUUUAGGUAUUCAAAAGAAAACUCUGUUGCCGAACCACAUCAACGCUUCUUCAUUCCUGUUUUAACCUCUUUUGGUCCAUUAAGGCCUCCUGCUUCUUGACUGCAUGAGUGGAAGAAACAUGCAGAUGCAUAUUUAUAUUAUAAGUCAUUAACAUAAAUUAUUAUCAAUCUUUUUUUCUGAAGUAUUAGGUAGGUCCUGGCCUCUACCAAAAUCCUAAAUAGAAGGAUUUUGCAGACGUUCUUGCAGAUUUUCUCGUACGGCUUUUGACAAUUCCACAAAAAAAAAUCUUAAGCUCCAACAUGCUGUACAGUCUUUUAAUGCAAAUUAUUAACAAAAGUAAACAUCUGCUUACCUUUUGCUUUUCUACUGCUGACAGUAGAAAAGCCAAUAAAGCCAAAAGUGGCUUUAUUGCCAAUAAACGCUCAAAAGGAGGGAAUGAGAGCCAAGCAGCAGAAAACAUUAAAGCUUAAACUUCCCCACAUUAGUUUAUAGCGGCAAUUACUCUGAGGAAUAAAAGGAUAUUCUGUAAAAAUCAAUCUUCAUAUACAGAGAGAGAUUUUUCAACAUAAAUGUGUGUUUGAUUAGAAAUAUUAUGGUAAUUGAAACCCUGAGGGGAAAAGGGAAUUGCAAUCUGAAAUGAUAUUUUUAAAAAGACUCUUAAUGUUACCACCCUGCUAGCUAAAAUGAUUAAAUAUUUCGAAAAUAGAGUUUGAUGUAAAUUCGUUUUUUUUGGAUUGAUACCGCAGAAUUUAAUGUAAAAAAAAGAGAUGUAAAAUAUAUCAAAUUAGAUGGACUUCAUAAAAACUGCCAGCAGAGUGCGCUGUUGUAUCAAGAAGGAGCUGUGCAUAAACGUAUGUCACCAAAUCAGCAAUCACAUUCACUUUUAUAAGCAAAUAUCUGAGAAACUAUGUAUGAGACUUUAUUUAUUUAUUCUUAUCAUAUGCCACAUGAAUUAAA